AUGAAACAUCUGCAGUACUGUUAUAUUAUUACAGGAGCCAGUGAACAAGCAGACACACACUCACAGAAUUCUGACCUGAGCCUCAAGUAUAAGGAGUUGAUCUGCUCUGAGUAUGCAUAUGUGACAGAGUAUAACUCCCUCCCUGGUGAACAUGUGCUGCUGACUGACCGCUACACUGAGCUGCUGAUCAUUCAGAGACACAGAGAACAGAGUGAGAGAGAGACAGAGAUUCGCUCCAGAGGACAGAAGUUCUUCGGUGACAGAGACAGUGAGAAGUACAGCAACAUCACUGUGGAGCAGUUUUUCAGUCCAGAUGAUCGUAGACUCACUCCAAAAGCAGUUGUUCUCCAGGGAAACUCUGGAAAUGGCAAAUCCUUCACUGCACAGAAGAUUAUGUUGGAGUGGGCAUCUAGUAAACUCUAUGCAGACAAUUUUGAUUUUAUUUUUCACCUGAAGUGUAAAGAGAUGAACCAAAUUUCUGAGGAGAAGAGUCUGGCGGAGUUCCUGAGAUACAGUCAGACUUUAACACCAGCACAGAUCUCACAGAUAUUACAGCACUCACCAAAGAGAGUUCUCUUCCUCAUAGACGGCUUUGAUGAGCUCAAACUCUCACAAGACAACAUGUCCAACCUGUCUCUGCCCACUGAUGUCCAAACUCCAGCCUCACUUGAGUCCAUUCUGAAAGCCCUGCUGAGUGGACGCCUGCUGUCGGAGUCCUUCCUGCUGGUCACCACCAGGUCUACAGCUACAGACACACUGAGCAAGCUGCUCAGAAAACAACCCCAGCGUUUCACAGAGAUUAUGGGCUUCUCUGAGAGGGGUGUGGAGGAGUUCUUCCAGAGGUUCUUUAAAGAUGAUCAGCUCUUACAGACACAGGCAUAUGAGCUUGUGAAGGCAAAUGAAACCCUCUUCACUGCCUGCUUCAUCCCUGUGAUCUGCUGGAUCAUCUGCACAGUUUUCAGGGAGAGACACAAAGAUAGUACAGAAUUAACCAGUGGUUUGGAUACAAACACCUCCAUAUAUGUUGACUUUGUGUCCACUCUGCUGGAUCACCACUGCCAGGGUUUGAGUCAGUCUGUCCCCAGCCUGCUGAGGAGUCUGGGCCAGCUGGCAGAGAGAGGGAUGCUGGAACAGCAAGUCCUGUUUGAUAAAAAGAUUGUGUCUGAAACUGUACCAGAUCCUAUCAGUAACCCGUUUCUGUGUAAGUUUCUCAUGAAGAGAAGAAUCCGUCAGGAGACAAUGUUUAGUUUCAUGCAUCUCAGCUUUCAGGAGUUCUUCACUGCUCUUUACUACGCUCUGUUGAAUGAAGAGGAGUCCCAGAGCAUUGUUAGAGAACUUCUUCAAUCUUUAGACCCAACACAGCUUGAACAACAGAGAAAUAACAAACUCAGCUUCCUGCCAGUGAUCCAGUUUCUCUGUGGUCUGUCUAAUGAGGAAGUCAACAUUUCUCUCAUGGAAACACACAACCUCUCUGUUUCCCCAAACAUAAAAGCAGAGCUGAAGGAAUGGAUCCUAAUCCUUCAAGAAGGGAACAUGUACCCCCAUAGAUAUUCUGAGACAUUCAUUCUUUACUGUCUCUAUGAGCUCCAUGAUGAGGACUUUGUGAAGAAAGCUGUUGAAACUUGGGAGAAUAUAGAUCUUGCUGGUAUUCCCCUGAGCAGGACAGAUUGUUGGGUGCUGCAGUACUGUCUACAGUUCUGUCCACACAUCAAAAAACUCUCUCUUAUGAGCUGCAGAAUCACACCAGAGAAACUGAAGAUUCUUCAGCCUGCAGUGUCCAAGAGUGAGGAGUUAGCGUUGACGGUGGAGAACCUGUCAGAAGAUGAUGUUGGUUUUCUUGUCUCAGCACUAGGAGAAGGAAAAAACCUGAGUUCCCUACGACUGCUAAACAGUGCUCUGUCAGAUCAUGGUGUGCAGCAGGUCCUAAGUUCUUUCAACAAACAAAAGUCAUUAGGUUUAGUUUCUCUCACAGUGAAGACCAUCACUACCAGCACUGUUGUCAUGCUCAGCGAGGUUUUCCAAAAUGAAACGGCUCCAGGGUACAUAAGUGUUCAGGUGAGUGAGGACAGUGUUGAGAGCUUCUGUUCAUCUCUCACGGUCUCAGUCAUAAAUGGAGAAUUCUGGCUGUCUAUUGAAGAUAACAGAUGGAUGUUUAGAUUCGCACAGUUCUUCAGCCCACGGACUGAACCAUCACUUCUAGCAAUCAGUCUCACCUGUCCACACUCACAGAUAUCCAGCAUCAACUGGACAACAUUCACCCAGAUCAUUUAUGGAGCAAAAAUCUACAGAGAAAAUUCUCCAGAGUUUGAUGGGCAGUUUGAUGCUCUGCUGUCUUUCCUGAGCUCUGUGCCUGUUCUGAAGAAAGUGGAUCUGAAUGUGAACAGUCUGACUGAGAGCUGGGCUUCCAGGAUCCUCUCCCUCAUCCAGACCUGCCCCAGUCUACAGGGAAUCAGUUUUAAAGCUGGUAAUGAGGGUUUACCACUUUUGGAUGGACUCAAGUUACUGCAGCACUCUCAGAUACGUCCAGACUGCACUCUGACUGUUGAGGGGAGGAGAUGCACUAAACCCACUGACCAGUGCACUGAGGACAAGGACAGACAACUCACCUGCAACCAGACAGUGAAACUUCAGCUCCAUGGAGAGUCCUUCACAAUCUUAGAUUAGUAAGAGACUUGAAUUUUAGAAUUACAUUACAUACAAAUGGGCAUUAACCACAAGUCUAACGCAAUGCAUGGCAGAGAGUCUACAUUGUUAGAGAGAUUUUCAUAACAAGUGAUUGUGGGAUUUUUUAUGAAAUAGAUGAUCGGAUUUUUAAUAAAACGGAUUCAGAUCAGCACACUUCAGUGCACAUUUACACACACAUUACAUCAGAACCUAAAUACCCAAGAUUCUGCACAUUUACACACACAUUACAUCAGAACCUAAAUACUCAAGAUUCUGCACAUUUACACACACAUUACAUCAGAACCUAAAUACCCAAGAUUCUGCACAUUUACACACACAUUACAUCAGAACCUAAAUACUCAAGAUUCUGCACAUUUACACACACAUUACAUCAGAACCUAAAUACCCAAGAUUCUGCACAUUUACGCACACAUUACAUCAGAACCAAAAUACUCAAGAUUCUGCACAUUUACACACACAUUACAUCAGAACCAAAAUACUCAAGAUUCUCAGUUGAUUACACAACUGACC